AUGUCUUAUUACACAGACACACAGAGGAACACAAGCACAAACGCAAGACACAAGAUACAGCUACAGGACGAAAUGGAGUCACAGGGGAGCCAGGGCUCGCAGGACAGCACGCUGACCAUCACGGACGAGAACAGGAGCGAGAUUCUCUACUUCGCGUACGGAAGCAACUUGUCGACAGAGCAGAUGCGGCGGCGAUGUCCGUAUUCCACGGCUGUCGGGUUGGGCAAAGUCACGGGGUGGCGGUGGAUUAUCAACGCGAGGGGAUAUGCAAACAUUGUGAGGGAAGAAGAGCACGAUGAUGAGAAUGUCGAGAAGUGGAAAAGCAGGAUGGAAGACGACGCGGAACAAGUACAAGAAGAGAGCCAAGUAUACGGCAUGCUCUACCUCCUACCGGUAGAAGACGAGGAGCGACUGGACCAGCACGAGGGCGUCCCGUGGGCCUACGAAAAGCUUCACAUCGAGGCCUCGUGGGUGAGCAACACGGACAGGGCUGACGGGGAGCAGCGGGCGGGGGAGGAGUUGACGCCGGUCAAGGUGCUGGCGUAUGUGGAUAGGCAGCGCGUGGCGGAGGGCAGGCCGAAGGAGGAGUACGUGGAGAGGAUGGAGAGGGGGAUUGAGGACGCGGUUGGGAAUUGGGGGAUGAGCGAGGAGUAUGCGGAUCGGGUGAUGAGGCGGUUUUGGGUGGAUGGAUGA